CGUAGAGUACAUGCAUCAAUAUAUGUGUAGAGUUUCGGUAGAUGACAUGCCCGAUAGAUCUAAAAUGUUAAGGUUUCGAUCUUUUGAGUACACCCUGUCCCUUCCUUUGAACACCCACCACCUUUCAUGAUGAAUUCACAGGAAAAUGACGACAAAGAGAACAAACCUAUCCGCAAUGGGCGUCAUCAACGUAACAGAGCCUCUACAACGCAUUCAUGGACAACAAAUAAGGACAGCAAACCAAAGAAAUCAAAUGAUGGUCCGAGAAAGAUUGCUGCUUCUCUCUUCAAAAGCCCAGAAUUGGAAGGUCGAUCCACAUUUGGCAAUCAAAGAAAGAGGGCUUCCAUUGGUGCUAUUUUAGCUCCUGCUUUUGAACAGCAAAAGACCAAACAAAACAUUCAGGAUCAAGAUGAUGACGAUCACGAUCACGAUAUGUACUUCACUACUGGCUCUUUUUCAAGCAAGUCUGAAAAUUCAAAAAAAGCCUUGAUUCCCAAACGUGAUUUAACCUCGGUUUUCGAAAAGAAGCGGGCAGGUAACGAACUUCAUGCAACACCAGAACCGUUACCGAAGAUCAUUAUCACUCCACCCGUUCCUCAACGGCAAGGCAAAGUAGACAUUGCAUACAAUAGUCGUGCAGGAAAUUAUCUACGAUCCAUUGCAAGUGAAGAUACAGAGAAAGAAACUGCGACAGAAGACCGAGUAACGGCAUCGGGUGUGCCUGUGCCUGACUCUGUGCCUGUUUCUGACUCUAUGCCUGACCCUGUGCCUGACCAAGAAACGCCGAAGAUCACUACAGCAACCGUUGACGAUGAACUGGCAUCUUUGCCAUUUGAACAUGAAUUGCCAAGCUUUGAAGUCCAAGAAAAGCGUACAAAUGAUGACAAUAAAGGGAUCGAAGGUAUCAAACUAGUCAUCGAUGCUUUCUUGUCUGACUUUUUCGUUGAAAGGCCAUAUGAUCAUGCUAAAAGGUUGUUCCCCAGCCUUAGUGAUCUCUUGAUAUCGUCCAUGGAACCUGCCAAUCAAUUUGAACUUUCGAAAUGGGGACGAUUUCAACCCAUUCCUUCUUUACGUGCCCAUUGUGCCGCAAUCGAAGGCGAAGAGAUGGUUGUCUUACAUCCAAGAUGGGUUCGAUGGAAGCUGCAGAGUACGUUGGAUGUCGUACUAGACCAUAUUAUCACGGGUAUCGUUGCCCUUGUUGUAGAUGAUCGAGCUCCAUAUGGCACUCCACCCGUAAUGGCGGCAUUGAUUGAUUCAUUGACACAAAAUCUGAUCACUCCUGAAGAAAUACAUCUCAAUAGAUCACCAAGCGGUACAGAGAUGAUCAGAUCAGGACAAGAUAACGCUUUAGGAGCCUGGGUUCAAAUGUGCGCAAUGGCAGUAGGAUUAGGCGUAAAGGCAAAAGAAGUUCUCACGGUGGCAGAUGUGAUUCACACGAGUACAAAUGAUGAAAAAGAUGCAUGGAAAUCGUGUUUGAAGGAUAUUGAUCCGGCCAAAAGACUUGUUGUUCUUUUGACACGUCACAUCCAUGUUGUUUUGGAAAGAGGAAAAGCGGCACGAGAACGAAAUAAUCUUUUGGUGGUGCCACCUGUACAACGUGGGAGCAGAAAGAGAUGGCUAGCGGCCAAUGCAGAACAUCGAGCAAGAAGAGCUUCUCAUGAUGAAAACUUUGCAAAAUUGACGAGUGGACAAAUAAGUGAAGGAGAAUAUAGAAGCACCGAAAGGCGUCUAGCUGCAGAAGGACAUCCGAGGGACAUUUUUGCUACCCUUCAUUUGGUACGAUUCGUUGGUGAGCUUUACAAGGUUUCAGUCCUUACAAAGUAUGAUCUACGCGAUUGGCUCGAUCGGUUCUUGUUUGACACCGUUUUUCCCGGUGUGCCUUCGAUGUACGAGCUUGAAGCAGGCUGUGCACUGCUGUUAACGGUCGGCAGAACGAUCGAGGAGCAAAGCGGGAAGAAGUAUACAUCGAGCUCUUCACCUGAACAAGCACAGUCACCUUCAUUCUUACGUAUGGAUGUUGGAUCUAGUCCGGUCAAGCCAACGUUUGAUUUGAUGAAGAUGGAAUGUGAAACGGAUGAUGAACUUUCAUGGUCGAUCGUUGAAAAAUGCAUUGGAAGAUUACAAGAAAUUCAACAAAUCGAAGAAGUGAAUGAAGAAGGAAAGAUUUGGUGUAGAGAAAUGGUGGCAAUGCAUCAACGUGGAUGGCGCAGGGCAGGACCAAGUGAAAGUCAUAUGAACGCAGUUUCUUCAGCAGCACAAGCGGCAAGAAGAGCAAGACGUGGCCCACAUCGAAAUCGACAACAAAACAAAGGAAGAAGUGGUAAAAGUACGACAACACCCACUUCACUUCCAACAAGACAGAGUCCGGUACAAAAAGGAGAAGGUUCCAACAAUCAAACAGACAGUACGCAAAGCAGUUCUGAGGAAAGCAAAAUAAUUGUGACCGUGCAGGAUUAUGAAUUUCAAGACGAGUAA